AUGUCGGAAGAAGUGGCUGAGACUGCUCAAUUGCAUAACGCUUCGGUAACUCUCCCGGAGCACACGCCGGAGCCUGUUGCCGACGACUCCUUCGGAAACGAGAGCGAAGUGUCGGAUAAAAACGAUACCCAACCUUCGAGAAGUACUGACACAACUCAAAAUGAGGGAACUGCAGAAACGACUGAAUCUGAUAUGCCACCUGCGGAAGAGGCGUCGACCAAUGAAUCUACACAACACGCUGAAGAAAUACCACCGCCGAAGUCUCGUAGACUUAAAAAACAAACCAAUAGUAACUCCCAAGACACUAAAGAUUCACAGGAUGAUAGUAGUCAGCAGAUAGAUGGUAGCAUAAAAAUACCUAAAAAGAAGACGCAACGCAAAAAGAACAACGCAAAGAAGAAUGCAGACCCAGAUGGAGAUUUUGUACCGCCAUCUGGUCCAUUCGAAAAGAAUUACCUUGAUGCUGAUGACUAUUCCGACGAUGAUUACCGUGAGCGUAAAACUAGCAAGAAGAAACAAGUGAGCGCGGGCAAAAUCUAUUUCGAUGAAGUCAUUAAACGUGUCAAGGAACGAAGGAAAAAGAAUGUACAACUAACAACAGAAGAAUGUCAGAUUUAUUGCAGACAACUAGUUGAAAGGAUGAUCGCAGCAGCAGCUGAUGAUGUCACUGCUAUGAAACAAGGGAGACCGGGUCUGGCCAAAUUAAAAAUGAUCAACGAUAUAUCUGAAUUCUCCAAGCCAGCUUGGAGAAAUUGGUGUAUCGCAGAAGGUGGUGCUGUCGCUUUGGCCAGCUGGAUAACACCGUUACCCGAUGGUUCUCUACCAAACCUUAGCGUCAGGACUAAAGUGCUACAAAUGGCGUUACUGCUGCCGUUUCAAGCAAAUGAUCUUCGAGAUAAUGACCUAGGAAGACAGAUUGUUGCCUUGUGGAAGCAUCCUGAUGAAUGCGAAUCCAACAGGAUACUCAUUAGGUCUAUCGUACAGAAAUGGGUACGCCCAAUGCUGGGAUUGGCAUCGACGUAUAGCGAUGUACACCAAGAUUUCCCAAUGCCAAUCAAACCUACUGCCAGUACAGUCGGUGGCGGCGACAAGGAUCGUAAAACGGGACAGAAGUUCCCACCACGGAAAACACAAAUGGGCAGUAUUAUCGUUAACCAAGAGCGGAUCAAUUCCAAACUCACGCAGAUGUUUAGGGUCAUCGAAUCUAGAAGAAGGGCACCAGCUAAAGCUACAAAAGUUAGCGUGGACGGCGCUAUCAUAUAG